UAGUUGACAUGAGGCAGUCAUGGGUGAAGCUAAUGGCUGAGAACUGUAAAGGCGUAAUGCCGCCCAGAGUUUGAGAGCUAGGCGGGAUCUAGUUUUUGUCGGUAAUGGAUGUCUUUCUAAUUUGCAUUAUCUCUGUCAAAAGAAUAUGCCUCAACGAUAAAACGGAUUACCCAAUCUAGCAGCAUGAACCUCAAAGACAGAUUUGCCAUAGAACUGCACGGUGAUGGUUACCAUGGCAUCGUGAGAAUGGACCGCAUCCCCUACUGGUGGAUCUGUCCUGCAUCCUAGAGUUUCUGAAAACAGUCCUUCUAGAAGACAGGAAGGAUGCGCUCAUAGAAAUGCUGGUGUGCACUUUGGAUGGAGACCUCUACCCUCCCCUGGAGGAGCCCACUGGUACUGUAGACCCCAAGAAGAAGACGGUCAAAGACAAGGUCAAGGACUUUGUUUGGAACCAUGGCAUGAUGGAGUACCAGGUGCAGGUAGACGGUGUGAAGGCCAAGCUGAAGGAGACGGGCGCCCGCAAGAAACAGCAGAAGGACCUCAUCAUGAAGGUGGAGAACCAGGUGCUGAAACUGGCCUCGCUUCAGGAGCAGCUGGACUCGCUGAUCGAGAAGUGGCCCAAGUGACCACCAGGGGGCAGCCAAGUGUCAAAUGGGUGCUGUGAGACCGACUGGGGAAUAGAGAAGAAGCAUCUGCCACCACUGAAAGAGCCCUCUUUUACAUACUGUUUCAUUCCAUUAUAUAUUUUCCCUUUUGCCUCCAGACAUCAUGGACUUGUUGGAGGAUUCAGUGUUUCCUGUUUUUGUAUUCUUCCUAUUUUAUUUAAUAGGUUGGUAGAUCUCUGUAAAUAAACUCUUUGUUAAACCAUU